AUGGAGAGUUCUUCACACAGCAACGCCAGCACACUUCUGAACCAAAGCAGUAUUAUAAAUUCUACUAGUAAGACGUAUAUUGUAUCUCCACUUCCAUUAAUGAUAAAAAUCACUAUGACUAUUAUAAUGGCGCUUGUCGGAAGCGGUGGCUUGGUUGCGAACUCUCUUCUUUUGUACAUCGUAAGAAAACAAGAAAAAAUUCGCAAGAAGGGAAGAACCGUCAAGUGUUUUACAAGGAUAUUAACUCCUUAUUUCAUCCAAAGUUUAGCUCUGUCCGACUUCCUCUGCUCAUUGGUAAACCUUCCCGUGUUUAUCGCUCAGUUGUAUUCUGAUAUUGUGCAAAAUGAGUGGGGAUGUAGAUGCGUGAGAUAUUUGAAUCUCUUCUUCGCUGUCGUCACCCUGAACAACCUCCUCGUCAUAGGAAUCGAAAGAUAUAUGGCAUUAUUCUAUCCCUUCCUUCUGCCGUCGCCUAAAUUUUCAAAAAACCUAGUCAUACUUGCAUGGAUCGCUGGUGCUGUCAUCGUUAUCGUCCCUAUAGUGACAUUCAAGACAGAGCCCAUAGAUCUAGGCGUACACGAGUACACUGUAAUAUGUAGAUAUGAGAAAACUGUUCCCGUAUACCGGGCAAUGUUCAUCGGAUUCACCGUUGUCAACUAUGUCAUCCCGAGUAUCAUYUUGACUAUUACCAAUAUUCAAAUCUUGAUUUUCCUAAAAAGCCAGAAAAACGCCAGCAACAGUGCAGAACAAAUCGUGGCCAACUCGUGGAGAUUUAACGACACCAAGAUGUUCGUUAGCCUCAUCUUUGCUUUCGUUAUUCCAUACUGCCUUUACGUUAUAUAUUCUGGAUUAAACAUCGCACUGAAGAUCAAUCUCAGUUUUACAGUGGAUUACGUAGUUCGUCGAGUUAGUGGCAUCAUCGCUUAUUCAAUCGCUCUAGUCAGUCCCACCAUAAUUUUCUCAAGCAUGCCGAGCCUAAGAAAUAUGCUCCGAAAUCUACUCAGAAAAGUCUUUUGUUUGAAAAGAAAUGCGAGAGUCAGCGAGGUAAACCCAGCUGUGCUUCCAUGA